AACUUCAUGUCCUGACUCCUCGUCCUGAAGAAUUUGAUCUAAUCACCAGCAUUUAUUUUCAUUCCCUGAUUCUUCUGUUUUUUUGUUUUCUCGUUUUUAGUUGUUCAGGAUCCCUUCAUAAACAUCAAGAAUUUGUUCUCUUUCCUUGGAAUUUACAUUUCAUUAUAUUUUGUUAUAUUUUGAACUUUCCUUCGUUGUUUAUUCAUCCUUGAGUUCUUACAAUGAAUAGUUUUUUCUCUAAACUUACAAACACAAACUCAACCACAACCACAACCACAAACACAAACAUAAACACUAAUAACUCUACCAACAACACUAAUAUAAAUUCUUCUUCUCAUCCUGAAUUGGAAGAAAUAACAAAAAAAAUUCUGUCAAUUCAAGUCAACACUACUGAUAUCCCCACCAAUAACAAUAACAACUUUUAUACAAACCAAGGCAACUCUCAACAAAAUAUGAACAUUUUUGGAAACAAACAACAAUCACAAAUCAAUUUGUUCUAUGAUUCAAAAAAUAAAGAAAAUAACCCUCCUGCUUCUCCUACAAAAAGUGUUCAAUAUGGAAACACAAAUUAUUCAAAUAAUGUAAAUAGAUCCCAUUAUCAAUAUGCAAAAAGAUUAGAUAGAGAUUUUUAUCUCAAAGCAAAUUCUCCCAAGAACAAAAGAUUGGUAAACGUCUGUCAAAUGUAUUUUUUAGAUUAUUAUUGCGACAUGUUUGACUACGUUAUAUCUAGAAGACAAAGACAACAACAGGCUGAAGAAAACAUACUCAAAAUCCCAAACCAACAAGAAAGAUUAUAUCAAUGGAAGUCUUAUACUGGAAAGGAAAGAGCUCUAUUAAGAAAAAGAAGAAUUAAGCCAAAACAUAAAGACUUCUCCAUCAUCACUCAAGUUGGUCAAGGUGGUUAUGGCCAAGUUUAUUUGGCUAGAAAAAAAGAUACAAGAGAAAUUGUCGCUUUAAAAGUUCUCAGCAAAAGACUAUUGAUGAAAUUGGAUGAAACUAAACAUGUUCUAACUGAAAGAGAUAUUCUAACCAAUACGAGAUCUGAAUGGUUAGUAAAACUAUUCUAUGCUUUCCAAGAUAAAGAAUCGGUUUAUUUGGCUAUGGAAUUUGUUCCAGGUGGCGAUUACAGAACUUUGCUAAACAAUACUGGUGUUCUAAUUCCUCCUCAUGCUCGUUUUUAUAUCAGUGAGAUGUUUGCAUCGGUUAAUGCUUUACAUAUAUUGGGUUACACCCACAGAGAUUUAAAACCUGAAAACUUCCUCAUUGAUGCCAAAGGUCACAUCAAAUUAACUGACUUUGGUUUAGCUGCAGGUUCUGUAUCAACUGAUAGAAUUGAAAACAUGAGACAGAGAUUGGCUGCUGUCAAAGAUUUAAACUAUGGCUUACCUACUGGCUCAGUGUCUGAAAGACAGAAAUCCUAUCGAAGCCUAAGACAAAAAGAUAUCCAUUAUGCCAAUUCAAUUGUUGGUUCUCCUGAUUAUAUGGCACUAGAAGUCCUUGAAGGCAAACCCUAUGAUUAUACCAUUGAUUACUGGUCCUUGGGAUGCAUGCUAUUUGAAACUCUUGUUGGUUAUCCUCCAUUCUCUGGAAAUACACCAAAUGAUACUUAUGCUAAUCUUCGUCACUGGAAACAGUCUUUAAGAAGACCCAAAUAUGACAAUGGAAAAUAUGUUUUCUCAGAUAGAACAUGGCAUUUAAUUGUUCAUUUGAUCAAUUCUCCCAACGAAAGAUUAAGAUCGUUUUCCCAAAUAAAAAUGAUGCCCUACUUCAAUGAAAUCGAUUGGGACAAUUUAAGAACCAGAGUUCCUCCAUUCACACCUCAGCUUGAUGAUGAAGAAGACGCAGGCUACUUUGAUGAUUUUACCAAUGAAGAAGACAUGGCAAAAUACAAAGAAGUUAUUGCUAAAAAGACAGCUGUUGAGCGUAUGAACGACAAAGAGAUUGACGAUAGAUAUUUCAUUGGUUUUACAUUCAAACACAGUGGAAGUAAAAAUGUAUCUGUUUACAAUGAUCAAAGCAUCAUUUACUCCGAGUCUGAUCCUUUUGCUACUUGGUACUGAAGCAUUUUUUUUCUGU